UCAGUUGUGGCUAGUAGUGGAACAACAAAAGCAAAAGCACAAACUGGCUAACACAAGGCAAGCAUGGCAUUUUCUUUUGCUAUUGGAAAAAAAAAGCAAUCUACCAUGCCACUUUCUUAGAGAGCCAAUGACCACCUACCUAAGGCUUCCACACAGGCACAGCACAAGCGAUAGACAAAUCUUGAUGCCGCGGCUCAUCUCCGACGAAGGACGGCACACCCAUCCACUGGUCUGGGCAAUUGCAAUUGUGUGUCUCAUCCUGGUAAUUGCUGUUAUCAUCACUGGUAUUGUCGUCCUCACCGUCUACAUAAUCUACAAGCCUAAAGCACCUUACAUCAAGGUCGCCUAUGCUCACCUCAACAAUCUAGUUUACGACCAAUCUGGACUCCUCCAGAUCGACAUGACCUUGACAAUGGUAGCAGAGAACGACAACAUGAGGGCUCAUGCAAGCUUCUCUGACCAGAGAAUUCUUCUCCAGUUCCAUGGUAUUGAUGUCGCUGUGCUGCGGGCUGAUCCAUUCGAGGUCGCCAAGAAUAACUCAUUGGAACUCAACUAUCUCUUCCAAUCGCAGCCAAUCCCACUUGGUGAGGGAGCCAUGGACACCAUGGACGUCGCUCUGAAGCGGGGGAUGGUGCCGUUCGAGCUCAUUGGGCAAGCCAGAACAAGGUGGAAGGUGGGGUUUUUCCUCUCCGUAAGGUUUUUCACACGCCUCAAUUGCCACUUGAACUUCUUUUUGCUCAACGGGAGCGCGAUCAACUCGGAUUGCAGCUCCAAAACCAACUGAUAUCCCCCUUGCUCCCUUAAGUUUUAGAUUCAUUUUUUCUGUAUGUCGUUAGAUGAAUUUGAUUCUUUCUUGCUGAUGGUUCGCUCGAUUAAGAUAGAGGAAUCCUUUACAAUGGCCACAAUGGAGA